UCCAUAUGAUGGAAGUGGGUGAGAGGCUAAAAACGGUGACUAGCAGUUUCAGAGCGCUAACGUUAGCUACCUGUGCUUCGAAGACAUUCGUCGUCUAAGGAAGUUAUAAAAUACGACUAAUUGACAUCAAGCUGAAAUUACUCGGUAUGUCGACAGUGAAUGUGCUUGCAAGCAUGCAACCUAAAUCAAAGGGAGACGUUUAACGUUAGCUAGCUGGUUAAUGUUACCUUGACAGCACGUAUGGCGUUUUGUAGCUAGCUAACGUUAGCCAUCUGAUAUUCUAAAAGGCCCUCAGCUACCAUAUCACAGACCCGAUGCUACCUACUGUCUUCUACUUUAUAAAUAACAUCCCUGUCUCAAGACCUGUCAACACCUACAUCGAGCAUCAACUCGCUACAUCUCUCCUGGGUGCAGUCCGGCCAAGAAAAUAAUGUCCUACAGUUGAAGAUGGGCGGGAGUGGCUCCAAAACCAAAGGUUAUUGGCCUUUUGCAGGUUCAGGCAGUGGUGAUGGUGAUCCAACCAAAGAGGGAGUCGACGAACAGUCGCUGGCAAGACUCCGAAGUUUCCGAAAUGGGACGCCCUUCGUGUUUACCAGAUGGAGCUCCCUGUACUUUGACGAGGAUGGAGACCUGGCCCACGAGUUCUACGAGGAGACAGUUGUGAUGAAGAACGGCCGUAAGAGGGCCAAACUGAAGAAGAUCCAGAAAAACCUCAUACCUCAGGGAACCGUAAAGCUGGAUCACCCCUGCAUCCAUGUGGAUUUCCCGGUCGUUCUCUGUGAGGUUUGAGGAAGCCUGGUUCCAUGUUCUGAGACCAGACUCAGACUAGCCACUGUCAACUCGGUCCCUUUGUUUCUCCCUCCACCUAUACUUUACCCUGAAGCCCUCCACCUACCCUCCUCUAAUUCGCCAUGGUCUCCCCGUGAUGAUGUUUUGCCGGGGUGCCCUGACCUGUGAGGACAGAUGUGCUGUGGCUCAACGCGUGUUGAGACUGCAUGACAUGCGGCUCUGUAAGGUGUGGCCCGUGUGCAGUCGCGCUACACACAGUAGUGAGUGGUCACUCACGGAGUCCCAUCAGUGAUGUCAGAGAAGAUGUAUGAUGAUGAAGACAUCAUUCUGCUCGCGUUACCCUCAUCCUAUUCAAUAUAUACAAUGCAGGUCCUGUGUGUGUGUGUGUGUGUAUUAGUGGAUAUGAAAUGUGACAAUGUGUCUCCUUGUCUGCCUGUCUCGCAUUAGUGUGCUCUGGUAGGAUGAUCCACUGUACUUUGUAAGGAGAAUGUAAGAGGCCAAUUGACCCAUGGGCUGUUAAGUAGAGUAGUGUCUUUCAGAAUAGGCCGAGGUCCGAUGUCUUUAAACCCCUGGCCUAGAGGGAAUUUGCCAUCUGUACGGAGGGGAACGAGGGGAACAGGUAUUAAGGGGUGAGAUUUUCCUUUUACCUGUUCAGUCUUCAGAGCAUCCAAAGUAGAGUUGCAAAAUUCCAGCAUUACAUUUCCUGGUUUUCCAGAAAUCCCUGUUGGAAGAUUCCCAGAAUCCAUAAUCCCCCCCAACCAGGACUUCUCGAAAACCAGGGAAUUUAUUGAAAGUUCCUGGAAUUUUUUAACUACUUUGGAUGGGGUAAUGUCAGGCUUAACCCAUUAGGGCAAAAUCAUGAGGUCCGGUAUAGGAACAUUUUAAUGGACAUUUUACGUCUAGUCCUCGGGGGAGCAAGUGGGGUGUCGCAUUUUUUCCCCCAUCGUUAGCAAACACUGCUGAUUUAAACAUUCUAAACUGAAGAUCAUAAUUAGUUGAUUAUUGGAGUCUGGUGUGUUAGCUGGGAAUAAGGUGUGACAUGAUCGGAGCUGAUUUUAAUGUGAUGUUUAAUUGACUGGCUGUGGAGGUCAAAUCUUUUUUUUUUUUUUUUUUUUUUUUCAAUUUUCGUGGUAUCCAAUUAUUGUAGUAGCUACUAUCUUGUCUCAUCGCUACAACUCCCGUACGGGCUCGGGAGAGACCAAGGUUGAAUGUCAUGCGUCCUCCGAUACACAACCCAACCAGCCGUACUGCUUCUUAACACAGCGCGCAUCCAACCCGGAAGCCAGCCGCACCAAUGUGUCGGAGGCUACACCGUGCACCCGGCAACCUUGGUUAGCGCGCACUGCGCCCGGCCCGCUACAGGAGUCGCUGGUGCGCGAUGAGACAAGGACAUCCCUACCGACCAAGCCCUCCCUAACCCGGACGACGCUAGGCCAAUUGUGCGUCGCCCCACGGACCUCCCGGUCGCGGCCAGUUACAACAGAGCCUGGGCACGAACCCAGGGACUCUGAUGGCACAGCUGGCGCUGCAGUACAGCGCCCUUAACCACUGCGCCACCCGGGAGGCCUGUGGAGGUCAAUCCUAAUCAUGAAUCGUCUGAGUCGGUGCUGAUCUAGGAUCAGUGUUAACCCUUUGAGAUUAUAGUCAAGCCUACGCCGAGCCGCUUUUUAAAUAUGGGUCCAAGCAUUGACUUGAGACUCUGGGAAAGUCUUCGCUGCUUUGGGCGAUACAUUUAAUUGUUAAUUUAUUAUCUGUUAUAAAAUGGCUUUGUUUUAAAAAAAUCACAACUCAAAAUGUCUGUCCCUUUUUAUUUAUUCCAUGCACCAUUACACAAAGACUGCGUUUACACAGGCAGCCCAAUUCUGAUCUUUUUUUAUUUGAUUUUUUUACCAUUCAGAUCAGCUAUUUUGCCAAUAAUUGGGCAAAAGAUUAGAAUUGGGCUGCCAGUGUAAACACAGCCAAACCCAUGUUUCCCUAAUUUCAACUAUGGAACUUCUGUGUCCUCUGCCCCUGACUUGUAUAAAAGCCAAUUUAUGGUCAUUCUGGAGUCUGUUUACUGCGAUGCGGGCCUCUGCAGAAGUCAGGGCGUUCAUGCUUCACACAGCUGUCAAGGAAGUGAGUUUGUGUUUAUACAGGACAUACUGUCCCUACCUACAGUCAACCAAUCAUGCCAAUGUGGAGUGAAACGCAGCCCUCCGCAUUUUUACAUUUGUGAGGCUCAGGACGAUGCGGUGCGAACCUAGAUUUGACCUUCGGAAGCUCCACAGUUGCUUUACACCCUCCAUACGGAGCAUCCAGACGCAGUUUUGGAGUCCCUGGAUACAGCCCUUAGUCGUGGUAUAUUUGCCAUAUACCACAAAUCCCAGAGGUGCCUUAUUGCUAUUAUUAACCGGUUACCAACAUAAUUGGAACAGUCAAUAAGUCAUUUUGCAUCAUACCUUUCAGCCAAUCAGCAUCCAGGACCCAAGCUACCCAGUUUAUAAGUAAUUUGAUUCUGCAGAAACUUUGAUAUUUGCCCUUUAACCUCCAGUAGUAGUGAUUGGCUCAAGCAUUUCCCCUAGUGACCCCAAAAGGAGACCCCCCCCCCCCCCCCCCCUUAUCUCUGCCAGCCUGAUCCUAUAGACUAGACGUAACAUUGUAAAUUUAAAUCCAGGAUAUGUUACAUUUGGUAUGGUUACAUAAGACAGAUGGUUACUUAAGGCAAAAAUGAAAGUAGGGGUAGAUGGGUGGGCGUCUAGGGCAAACGACUAGCAACCCAAUGGUUGCGAGUUCAAAUCUCAUGGACAACUUUAGAAUUUUAGCUAAUUAGCAACUUUUCAACUACUUACUACUUUGCAUCUUCUUAGCAUGUUAGCUAACCCUUCCCUAAAUGUAACCCUUAAUCCUUUAACCUAACUCCUAGCCUAGCUAAUGUUUGCCACCUAGCUAGAAUUCAUAACAUAGAAGUUUGGAUUUACGUACAGAAUAAUGUGAAAUGCUAUGAGACCAGGUAAACUCAUGUCCAACAACACCAUUGUUCUGGCCAACCAAUGAGAGCAUUGCUCUAAGGGACCUUUCCAGAUGUUAGACAGAUGAUUGUAUUAUGAGCCAUUAUCUGCCAGUUGUAUUGAAGUGUAGGAAGCUCGCCUUAUCUAACGGGUAUACACUUCCAGACCUUUCCCUGAAAGAUCAACAUUGGGCCAGAGUAUGUUCAUGUUCACCAAGGCACAUUCUAUUGAAUUACCAUGUCCACAGACACACACCUCUCUAGCCUACCUCACAGGGGGACGUUAAUUGGAUUUCACAGCCCCCAUUGGCCACUCUCCCACACACUGGUCCCCUGCAGUCUCAUUUCCUUGAGUUAAUCCCUGUUCUGAAGACAGGCGCUGAGCUCCCCGGAGACAGCAAGAUGGGUUUUAAUUGGGUAAGGGGUGGGAGUUUCAAAUCUAAUAAUUUAUGCCAUAUGGGCCCAUGUAUGCCUGUUUUAUACGCUUUUGUCUGAUAAAUUGCUACUUGUAUCCUCAGUUAACUCAGCUCAAUGGAAGAGGUAUUGAUAGUGGUCAAAUCUAGCUGAACAUCAGCAGAGCCUUCUAAUACUGUAUGUCUCUAUGUAAACAGAAGGCUCUGGACAUGACUGCUUGGGUUCUGGGCACAGAUGACUCCUGCAGUGUCAAGCCAUAAUAUGAAAUGCGCUGUUAUGGAAGUGAUUGGACUUGUUUGACAUUGCAGCUGACAUGGUGCAUUUUCAAUAAAUGAUGACUGACUGACGGAUCUACAAAUAAUAUUGAAUAGGAUGCAAGGUGAUUUGCAGAUCAGUCAGUCGGUGGUCGCCUGCAAUGUUUACCAAGUCCUUUAACUUUAGUUUGACAACCAGGGUGGUACAGUGGUAGGGUGCAUGGGAGGGGAGGUUGGAGUUCAUCAAUCAAUGUGAGGGUGUGUUUUUACACAUUCUACAUACCUUCUCAAGUGGUCCUUCCACGAUGUCAGUGUGUUUGAUAUUCCAGGUAAGGGGGUCUACCUGUGUGUGUAUGUGCUGCAUAUAGCAUGUCAUUCUCUGUUGUAAAUGGUGUCUGAUUGCUAGCAGAUGACACCACAGUAAUUACACGGACUUCAUUCAAUUCCAGAGCAGUAGCUAGAUGCCACAGAGGCUGCUGCUGCAGUUUCUCUCCCACUGAUCGGAGCAUGUGCAGUCUGGAAUGCACAACUUGAAAAGUUGUCACUGUCAUUCACUAUAUUGUGUCUAGGUUGCAUAGAUAGAAUCCGUUUCACUAAGAUCACUAAUGGCUCUGACCUGAACCCUUAUUUUACUCCAGAGGUAAGCAUUAGAUCUGUCCGACAGGCUUCAGAGACAUUGUUUGCAUUUCACAUUAUGGAACUAUUGAAGGCUUUGAAUCGCUAACGUGUUUACACAAGAUGGUUUCGUCUGAGUGUUCUCUUGACCCUGGCACAGUUGGCAGCUGAAGAUUGUGCCCAGGCAGUACCAGUACUGUAUGUUCAGCAGCAGUGUGUGGCAUCAUGUCCUUGGCCCUGGUGCCACACCAAUGGGUACUGUGCGGUUGUCGGUGUCACGCUGUCACAGCAGCCACAACCCACUAAUGUUCCUGUUGUUUUGGGAGGCCUCAUCCUGUCCUGUGACGAUGUGCUGAAAGGGGUAAAUGCAACCUGGGGAGGAUGUCACUGACGUCCAAAUGGUGGAAUAAGUGACCCCAACUACUGCACAGGAAACAGCGAAAGGCAACUCUCACCGGGUGUGUGGUGUGAAUGUUUGUAUUUGGGGGGCUACCUUUCACUCACACACCUUUCACCUAUUUAUUUGUGAUGAAAAUUGUAUGUUUGUGCUUUUCUAAUAACAAAUGUCUGUGUUCAUGCAAGUGACUGAUUAAAUGUGCCUGGGAGGAAUCCUCACUAUCAGUAUCUGCAAUUUGGCAGUAUGCCCAGAACCUUGUUUUGAGAACGAAAGGGAUAUCUCAGUUUCAAGGUCUCAGCUUGGAGAGAAGAAUCCUCGUGAGGUAUUGGUCGGUCACAUGCAUGAACCAAAUGUUAAUGAUGAAUUAAAUAUGAAUAAUGAAUAAGCAGUAUAUAGGAGAACUAACGGGACUGCCCCGGUGGAGCUUACUUCAGACCGGUACUAUAUGCAUCGAAGUUUGACUGUGACCUCUCCAGCUUGCUGUCAAUAAAUAAUGAUUAAUUUAA